AUGACCUCUGACAGCACACCGGUUAUACGGCUGUCACACUUCAACGAUGUCUAUCGUCUCGAGCCUUCGGAACACGAUCCAGUUGGGGGUGUCACUCGCUUCCAGAGCCUGUGCAACCACUAUCGACAUGAUUCGAAAUAUCAUGGGCAACCGGAGCUCAUCACGCUCUUCUCGGGAGACGGCUUCGGUCCGAGCCUCGAGAGCAGUGUAACCAAAGGUGCUCACAUGGUACCAAUCCUCAACAAUGUACCAGUCGCUGCUGCUUGCGUCGGCAACCAUGAACUAGACAUGGGCGUGCCUCAAUUCGAAUAUCUUGCGUCUCAAUGCAACUUCCCUUGGCUACUAGCCAAUGUCACAGACCCUGCGUUGGGUGAAGACGUUCCUCUCGGUCACGCACAGAAGUCCGCAGUGCUCACAUCGUCCACUGGAAUCAAGAUCGGGCUCAUUGGUCUCGCUGAAAAGGAAUGGCUUGAAGCUGUCAACUCCCUGCCCGCCAAUCUGGUUCACACUGAUUCUAUUGUGACAGCGCGCAAGCUGAUACCAGAACUUCGAGCCCAGGGCGCCGAGAUGAUCAUUGCAUUGUGUCACCAAAGAGAGGUCCACGAUUUGAGGCUGGCUGAAGAAGUACCAGACAUCGACAUUAUACUUUCUGGUCAUGAUCACCACUAUCGCCAUGCGAAAGAUGUCAACAGCACUGUGGCUGAGGAUCCAGCUACCGUAGAGCUGCUUGACAAACUGUUCUCAUCGCUCCAGAACAAACUGCAGAAAGUGGUAGGCUAUACUGCCGUCCCACUCGAUUGUCGUUUCAGCACUGUCCGGAGCCAGGAAUCGAACAUGGGCAAUUUUAUCUCGGAUUUGAUGCGCUACUAUUACGGCACAGAUUGUGCAAUGAUUGCUGGAGGCACAAUCAGAGCCGACAUGGUUUAUCCCCCAGGCAUUCUGAGACUCAAGGACAUUGUCGAUUGCUUUCCUUUCGAGGAUCCUGUUGUUGUGAUAAGGGUCAAGGGCCAACAACUACUCGAAGCACUGCAAAACGUCAUGAUCGAAUUGUUGCAGUACAGGUCGAUGGAAAACCGCUUGAUGUGA